ACAAGUUGCGGUUACUGAUAACCACAAUCAGAAUGUGCGCCAAGAAAUGAAAAAUUGUUCAGCGUUAAUUAUUAUAAAAAAUCAUUAAAAUGGUGUGUAAAAAUUGAGCCAACUAUGCUCUAUCCCUUUACCAACAAUACUAUUUUUCCAACUCACAAUGGCAGAAAAUCAGAUUCGCGACGUUGUUCGUUUCUUAAACUCCAGACACAUCAAAAUCAGCGAACAAAACGAAUGGCUCGUGGAAUGCUACGAGUAUUUUAAAUCCAAUAAUCCGCAGAGUAAUCGCGUAGAAACGCAGGAGUUCGUUUACGAUCAAUGGAAACUUGCAGAUCUCCGUGAUAUAGCUGAGGGUUCCUUACAACCAAAUAUUGCAAAUAUUCCUGCAACGUCCAUCAAUGAGAAAAUUAUAUUACAGGUCGACAGUGUUCUGGAUGUAGCGGAGUCGUGUUAUUCACAACUGCUGAAAAUUAGAAACGUUAAUACGUCGAACGUGGAAGCUACUGAAACUAAACCUCAAGAUUGGGAACCAAAGAAAAAAAGAAUGUUGAAAUUAACUUGUACCGAUGGUGUUCAAACAAUUUAUGGAAUGGAAUAUAAACUCAUACCUUCGCUUAAAGAACCCUUUUACCCAGGCUUCAAAAUACUAGUCAUUGGUCCGGUUGAAUGUAGACGCGGAACACUAUUACUGGGACCUCAAAAUAUUCAAUGUUUGGGAGGUGAAGUGGAUUCGAUUAUGGUUGAGAACCAUUUGGAAAACAUACUCGCUAGAAAAUUGAAUGUACCCGAAAAUCCUAAUCCAUUUAAUCCAACCCAACCACCAGACAAUAUGGCAAAUAUGAAUGGUAAUAAUCACGUAGACGACGAUAAUGGAGCUCAAUCGACGGUACAAAUGAACAAUAGAUCUGAUGAUGUGGACGAAUUUUCGGACAACAAUGAAGAUAUUUUUUUAGCCGAACAUCUGACUCAAAUGGAAAAUCUUCUCCGGAUGGGAACAUUACCAACCACCAACUCUGCUCCUUCAGCAUCGAGUGAUUCAAAUCGCGGAUCAUCUACAUCACGUCAGACAAAUUCAUUUCCAUUAAGCACCAGCGGUUUUCAACCCUUUUCGUCACGUGAGCCCGAUGUAUCGCCAUCUACUUCGCAUGGUAAAAAAGUUGGGAUAGCUCAUCCAAUUAUUUCAACUAAUAAUUUUUCUUCCAAGAGAACGGCGCCUUCUCCCAUUCAGUCUGAUAUCAAACUGCCUAGAGUCAUUGCUAAUGAAGUACAGGAAAAUAGACCUAGGCAAUUUCAAACAUUCAAUGAAAAUAUUGGUUCGUCUUCUUCGGCAUCAGUCAACUUGAAAAUCAAAGAUUUAAAACGACUUGUGAACUCCGAUUGUGGUAUUCGUAAAUGUAACGCUUCAUUUUUACGCAUUACUUCGAAACCAAAAAUCCGAGAGGAAGUAUGGCACUUAUCUGGAGAAAUUAAGGAUGAAACUGGAGAGUUAGAUGUGGCAUUUUCAGAUCCCUUGUUGGAAAAAUUGUUUGAAUUUUCUGCUGUUGAAAUUUUAUCGCAAAAAGAAAGAAUGAAAUCCAACCCCGAUAUUAAAGAAAGGAUCGAUGGUAUUUUAAGGCGUGGUGUUCAGAGACUUACAUCGCUCAAGGGACAAUUCCAUAUAGAAUUUUCCAACAGCUUUCGUCUCCCCACAGUUACGAACGUUAUAGAAUAAAAUAUCAAUCCGACGUACAAAUAAUAUCGUUGGUUUUAUUUAAUGUUAUUUUUUUAAGUACAAAUAAAAAUCAUUUUCCCAUUUUAUAUAAA